UAAUAUAAGAGAUAUCAUUUUGAAUUAAUGUUUAAAACUAUCAUAUAUUUAUGAUAUAAAGUUGUGUUUAAAACAGAUAUUAAUACACAAAUUAAUACAUUGGAGAAAAAAAAGAAAAUUUUGAGAAGGAAGCAGUAUGGAUUUGACUUUUAGGCAACCUUCGCACUAAAAAAAAUGGCUCGAAGAUUAAUCCUUAUCAAACCUGAGCCAUGACUGAGCUAUGGAUGUCCCCAUCCAUAUCCUAUCACCGACCUCAUGCUUAAGCUCAUUAUCAAACCCAGCAGCUGCAAAAUCCCAGAAUUUUCGGCCUAUCAGGGCGGCCAAAACCUCUGCAAAACCCACUAAAACCUCUUCCAUUAAAGCCGCUUCCUGGAAAGGGAACUUGAGAGAAGCACUCGCAUCUUUGGGCGUGUUAACUUCACAGGGAAACCCCAUUUCUACUUGCUUAGACGAGCAUUACUCGUUGGCAAUUGAACUCUGUGCUGCGCAGAGGGAACUCUCCUGCGGCAAGCAGAUUCAUGCCCAUUUCUUGAAGUCGAAAUGGGUGCAUGAUGCGGUGUUCCUGAACACAAAACUUGUGUGCAUGUAUGGGAAGUGUGGGUCGGCGGAGGAUGCUGGGAAGGUGUUUGAUAGAAUGCCCGAGAGAACUAUUUUCACCUGGAAUGCUAUAGUUGGAGCUUAUGUGAAUAACGGCGAACCCUUGAGAGCACUUAAGGUGUAUGAGGAAAUGCGGGCUUUGGGCGUCCCCCCUGAUGCACAUACUUUUCCUUGUGCAUUGAAGGCAUGCGUUGAAAUUGGGGAUUUAAGUUGUGGGAGUGAGAUUCAUGGGCUGGCUUUAAAAUUGGGUUUUACGUCUAAUAUUUUUGUCGUGAACUCUCUUGUGGAUAUAGGAAGCUUUAAGUCUCUUCAUAGAAUUGCUGAUAGCUGGUUUGAAUCCAAGUACAUAUACUCUUGUGGCUACUUUACAGGCCUGCAAGGAGCCAUUCACUGGGACAUUUGGCACAGAGGGAGGAAACCUGACUGUGUUUCACUCAUGAGUGUGCUCUCUGCAUCUGGAAGAUUGGGAGACUUGCUACACGGAAAGGAAACUCACGCGUUUGCCCUGAAACGUGGUUUGGAUGGAGAAUUGCAAAUCGGAAACACCCUUGUAGAUAUGUACGCGAAGUGUGGGCAGAUAGAUUAUAUGGACCGUGCCUUCCGCAGAAUACUCCAUAAGGACAAUAUUUCUUGGACAACUGUCAUUUCUGCAUAUGCUCAGAGUUGCUAUUACCCCCUACAGGCUCUGCAACUGUUCCGGGAGGUUCAGUUGGAAGGAAUUGACAUUGAUGCAUUGAUGAUUGGAAGCGUUCUCCUUGCAUGUGGUGAGUUGAGGCUCAAUUUAGUUGCAGAACAAGUUCACGGUUACUCAAUUAGAAGAGGGCUAUAUGAUCUUGUCACGCAGAAAACCCUAAUUCGUGUUUAUGGGGAUUGCGGGAACAUAGAAUAUUCUAGGCGCAUUUUUGUGAUGAUUGGUGUCAAAGAUGUCGUGUCCUUGACUAGCAUGAUGCGUAGUUUUGUACACAACGGCCUUGCAAAUGACGCUCUUGCCCUCGUGCUUUAUAUGAAAGAAGUGGGUAUGGAGCUCGAUUACGUUGCAGUCCUGAGUAUGAUCUCUGCAGCUACUAGUCUAUCAGUUUUAAGGAGAGGACGGGAGGUUCAUGGAUACUUAAUCAGGAAAGGUUACCCUUUAAAGGGCUCUAUAGCAAGCUCUCUUCUGGAUAUGUAUGCCUGUUGUGGGACACUAGAGGACUCAUUCAAGAUCUUUUCUGCUGUAAACGAAAGAGAUCUUGUUCUGUGGACAAGCAUGAUUAACUCAUAUGGAAUGCACGGACGUGGAGUUGAAGCAAUUGGCUUAUUCCUAAAGAUGGAGGAAGAAAAUAUCGUUCCUGAUCACAUCACCUUUCUGGUUCUUCUUCACGCGUGUAGCCAUUCAGCCCUAGUGGAGGAAGGCAAGAUGGUUUUUGAGACAAUGGAGAGAAAGUAUAAUUUGGAGCCAUGGCCUGAACACUAUGCCUGUUUGGUUGAUCUCCUCGGACGCGCAAAUCACUUGCAGGAAGCUUUUCAAGUGUUGAGAACGAUGAAACCAGAACCAACUGCUGCUGUUUGGUGUGCUCUUCUUCAUGCUUGUCAUGUGCACUCUAACAAAGAACUAGGAGUCAUUGCUGCAAAGAAGCUUCUAGAAUUAGAGCCAGAGAAUCCCGGAAAUUAUGUGCUUGUGUCUAAUUUAUAUGCUUCUGGGAAUAGGUGGGAUGAUGCAGAAGAAGUGAGGACAACAAUGAAAGGGCAAGGAAUGAAGAAAGAACCCGCUUGUAGUUGGACCGAAAUCGGCAAUGAGGUUCACACGUUUGUGGCCCAAGACAAGUCUCAUCCACGGCGCGAUGAGAUUUACCAAAAAUUAUCUUUUGUCACCAAGAAACUAGAGAGGGAAGGAGGUUAUGUUGCGCAAACCAAACACGUCUUCCAAAAUGUGGAGGAGAGAGAGAAAGUUCGGCUUCUUAAUGGGCACAGUGAGAGGCUAGCCAUUGCCUGUGCUCUACUUGUUACAGACUCUAAAACCCAAAUACGUAUCAUGAAAAACCUCCGCGUCUGCGGUGAUUGUCAUAAUUUCAUCAAGCUAGCUUCGAAGGUACUCGAUCGGGAAAUUAUAGUGAGAGAUGCGAAAAGAUUUCACCACUUCAGGAAUGGGGCUUGUUCUUGUGGAGAUUUUUGGUGAAUUGAAUGUCAAUAGUAGCAGUUCUUGCUCAUUAACCAAAAUAACCAAGUUAUUUUGGUGUGUUGACCUUUGACAAAAACAAAAGUUUACAAUGAGUUGAAUCAUUCUGUGUUUUGAAAAGUGAAACUUAACUAUUUAUCAAAAGAAAAACUAUUAAGAACU